CCGAGCCGAGUUUGCCACGACAUGCCGGAGGCUGCGAAUACCGCGGCUUGCGACGGCAGAACCGACUCGCCGCAACCGGCACCCGAGACGUUGGAUGGUCCAGAUUUGGGGCCUGAUCCGGACGCGGUCACCGUUGAGAACGGUGGAUGCAAUGACCUCGUCCACCACAAGCCGGGCCAGGAAAGGCCUGAAGAAAAGGAGAUGGUAGAUGCAGUUGCCAGUGCAGUUGGUGCGGUUUCUGAUUCCAUCCCAGCGGUGCAGAUCUGUGUGAGAGUGAGGCCAAUGCUUCAGUGGGAGAAGGCUGAGGGGUACGAAGCCAGUGCCAUGGAGUUGAAAGAAGGCAUCAAUGGCACCGUCGCUUUGAAGGAGGACGGCCGCCACCGGCACUUUGGCUUCAAUGCCGUCAUUGGUGGCGACCGCACGCAGCAGGAAGUUUGGGAAAUGUCUCGGCUUGAUGCUGUGGUCAGGAAAGUUGCGUUGGGUUUUCAUGCGACAGUUUUUGCGUAUGGCCAGACUGGAACGGGAAAGACCCAUACAAUGGAAGGGUUUACCUAUGAGCAUCACUGCGGCAUUGCUCCCACAAUGGCAGCAGCGCGCCCACGUGUGAAGGCGAAGGCCACUCCUGCGGAGCAGUUGGGCAUUGUCCCCAGGGCAGUGGUGGCCUUGUUUGACCGCGUCGAAGCCAUAAAGGCGGAAAAAGACGUAGCCGCCCCAGCGACAAGUGCGCCUGAAUCCUUUGCGCCCGCUACAUCGGCUUCUUCAUUUUCCUCUACAUCUUCAUGCGUUGUGCGCCUUUCCUUUCUGCAGAUUUACAACGAGAAGAUUUUUGAUCUGCUGAACCCGUCCAGCACGGUGUCACAGCGAGAGGCUGGAGGCCGUGGAGAGGAGUUUUCUGGCCUUCGUUUGCGCUGGGAUGCUGCCAGAAGGCACUUCUUUGUUGAGAAUCUCUUCCAAUACGAGUGCUCCUCUGCCGAAGAGGCCCUGCAACACUAUCAGCAGGGCAUUCAGAACAAGCAGGUGGCAUCCACCACAAUGAACGUCGCAUCCUCCAGGUCGCACACCUUGUUGGUCUUGACCCUCUUGCGACGGGAGGGUGAUGAGGAGGGCAACCGUACCCCUCGGCGGCAGGGCAGGCAGGGACAGGGCAGGCCAUGUCAGGAAGUGAUCUCGCAGUUGUCCCUUGUGGACUUGGCAGGGUCUGAACGGAGCAUUGCUGGUGUUUCAGGGCGGGACGCUGGGAAGAGCACCACGCGGUUCCAGGAGGCUGUGAACGUGAACCAGUCCUUGUUCGUUUUGCGCAGAGUCAUCACUGCUCUCAGCAAGCGUGAGGCCACCGGAAGGAAUGAGAUUGUGCAUGUACCAUACCGAGAAUCAAAGCUGACUUCCUUGUUGCAAAACAGUCUUGGGGGCAACAGCUAUUUAGUGAUGUUUGCUUGCGUGGCGCCAUCUGAAAGGCAAGAUGACGAGAACCUGAGCACUUUACAAUAUGCUUCACAGGCUGCAUGCAUUCGGAAUCAACCGGUGGUGAAUUUGGAUCCCAAGGAUCAGCUGAUUCAGCAACUUGAGGCCCGUCUGGCCGUGGCGCAUGAAUACCUGCGCCGAACUUUGCAGGUGGCUGAGCUCCCGGAAGACCUCUUGGAAGAAGAGCGCCGCGCCGCCGGAGCGCCGCGCCGGCCCAGGCCGCGUUUGAAGGCGAAAGCUGCUCCAAAAAAACGAACCGCACAUGGGCAAGCGGCUCAAGAACAUGACGGGGCACAUGCGCAAGCUGCUCAAGCUGCGCCAGCCACCGGAACUGGGCAAAGUCGGUCUGCGCGAGCCAAGACAUGGACAGGUUUAGAGCAACGAUGGGGCUUCCAAGAUGAACCAAGAGAUCCAGUUGGUGAACGAAAACAGAAAAAUCAAGAGACGGCAUCAGAAAGCUCACGCGAGAGUUCCAAGUCAACAACAAAGCCUGUCAAAAGGAUGAGUGGUCGCGAAGCAAGCUCUGCGACCUCUACUCUUUCCAGGGUUGUUCAAGGUGCCGCGCAAAAAUCGCCCAGCUGCGAUGAUUGGCCUUUUGCCGUGCGGUCCAAGAAAUCCGAAACGAAGGGCCAAGAACUGUUCGCCGCUGUCGAUGCUCCUUGGGUCCUCAAGAUGGUGUUUGAGAGCUGAGUGCAGUAGUGAUAGUGCCACCCGAAGACUUCACAGCCACUCAGUCGGUCAGUCAGCCAGUCAGUCAG